AUGCUUCACUUCUGGCUUCAGGGGCACCUGGAAGUCAGUCACUGUGGUUUUGUAAAUACAUGUGUGUGUUUUGUUCUAUUAGCAUAAUGUUAUGUAGUUGUAUUUACUUAGCACUCAUAGUAUGCAGAGAGAUCAUACUCUCACAGUCACCUGAUGUAUACACACCUUGAAAUUACUACCUCCCUCAACCUGCUGUACUCCCCUCCUCUCUCUCCUGUAGGAUGUGUGUUCUCUUCAUGUAGUCUGAUAGAGGUCUCACCCCCAUGGAGCAUUUCUGUGGGACCCGGGCAGUGCUGUCUGGGCCUGCCGGGGGCGUGAUGGGCUACGCCAUCACCUCCUACAGCCAGACAGAGAAGAAGCCCGUCAUCGGGUUCGACAUUGGGGGGUGGGGCGAGAUCUGAAGUGGGGUGUGGGGAGGUCAGCCAUAAUAGACAGGAAGCAAACAGCAACAAUUACACCUAAAGAGUGGCAGGGGGGAAGGGGCCAAAUGCGGUCUAUAUAGCAUGGGGACAGGGAAAGGGGUUAAGGGGUUGUUGACAUUGAGAGAGAGGUGUGAAGUGAAGGAGUGAACAGGAUCAUAGGAGGUUACACACAUCGUAGCAGGAAGCAUGACACAGAAUAAUGGGGAAUGGUAUUGAUGGAUGUCCGACAAAGGCUUCUUUGAAGCCCUUGAUGACAAAAUUCCAAAGCAUUUCGCUAAUACUGGGCUGAUGGAGGAACUUGUGCUCUUUUACACUCUUCAUGCCCCUAACAGAUACGCUGUGCCCCCUCUAGGCACCUCUACGGAUGUGAGUCGCUACGCGGGGCAGUAUGAGCAUGUGUUUGAGGCCACCACGGCCGCCGUCACCCUGCAGGCCCCUUAG